AUGUCCAAGCCCGAGGUGGACGAGGUUUUGUUCACCUACAUCACAGUGGCUUCCCAUGCAGUAAGCCUAGUGUUGGUACGGGUUGAUAGCGGUGUGCAGAGACCAGUUUACUAUGUGAGUAAGUUGCUACACGAAGCCGAGAAGGUAUACGUUGAUAGCGUUGCAAACCACAGAGAAUCUGGAGUGAGGCUAGUACUGAUAUCUCCUGAGAAGAUCGUAAUUGAGAAAUCCUUGAGAUUGGACUUUUCGGCCACCAACAAUGAAGCUGAAUAUGAAGCUCUGCUGGUAGGGAUGACCAUGGUUCAAAAAAUAGGUGGAAAGGCAGUGGAAAUCUUCUCUGAUUCAAGACUGGUUGUGGGCCAAGUCCGGGGAGAGCUGGAGGCUAGAGAUCUCAGAAUGCAGGAGUAUUUGAACCAGGUGAUUCUUGUGGAGGACUUGUGUAAGCCUACUGAAGUAUGGAGAAAUGUGACUCACAUUCAUCAGAUUAUGGUGGGACCUAACUGGAUGGACUCCAUAUUAUCGUUCCUUAAGGAGGAUGUCCUACUCGAGGAGAAGUCAGAGGCUAACAAGCAAUUGAGUUACUCUUGGAAGAAUUACAUGAAGGGAUUUGUGGAAGCCACACAAGGGCAGAUCUUUGUCUCACAGGGCCCACAUUCAAGGCUAUUGGUGGCCAAGUAUGCAGAGGGAAGCACAAGAGGUUUCGACAUCGUAGGUCCUUUCCCUAGGGCAAUAGGGAAUAAGAGAUAUUUGUUGGUCAGCACAGACUACUUCACCAAAUGGGUUGAAACUGAACCAUUGGCGAAUAUCAGGGACGUGAAUGCCAAGAAAUUCGUUUGGAAAAAUAUAGUCACUCGGUUUGGAAUCCCUUGCACCCUUAUCUCGAACAACAAACUUCAGUUUAACAGCAAAGCUUUCAGGAGAUAUUGCUGUGACCUAGGCAUAAUGAAUAGGUAUUCCACCCCGGCAUACCCCCAGGGGAAUGGAUAG